UCCUCCCUUCGGGUCCCCCGGUGUUGCCCCAGUGGAGGAGGCGCUGGGCCCCAGUGGGGCUCGGUGGACUCGGAAAGGGCGACCCUCCCUUCUCUAGCCCUGUGGCUGGGGACACACGGGCCUGGUAAUCUGUUCCCAGCCUUGCCCACCGUGUGUUCUCUUCUUCUAUCUUGUGGUCACUGGCCCACCGCCCUCGCUGAUGGCCCUUGUGUCCCGCCCCUGGGCCAUCCCUCCAUCUACCGUAUACUCUUCAUUGCAACCCUUGCUACCCACCCCAACCCCCACCAUUGCUCCCCCUCAAGUCUAAACAGAGCAAGUUAGUAAGGUGAUUCUGGACAAGGAAUGAGAACAUGGAUCAAGCAGGUUUUAAAUCAAGAUUUAACGUUCCAGCACAUAAAAAUUAUUUAUCCAACAGCUCCGCCCAGGCCGUAUACUCCUAUGAGAGGAAGAACCACCAAUGUAUGGUUUGACAGAUUUAAAAUCUCUAAUGACUGCCCAGAACACCUUGAAUCAAUCAAUGUAAUGUGUAAAGUGCUUACGGAUUUGAUUGAUGAUGAAGUAAAAAAUGGCAUCAUGAAGAAUAGAAUAUUAGUAGGAGGAUUUUCUAUGGGAGGGUGCAUGGCAAUGCAUUUAGCGUAUAGAAAUCAUCAAGAUGUGGCCGGAGUAUUUGCUCUUUCUAGUUUUCUGAAUAAAACAUCUGCUGUUUACCAGGCUCUUGAGGAAAGUGAAGGUGCACUCCCUGAAUUAUUCCAGUGUCACGGUACUACAGAUGAGUUAGUCCCUCAUUCCUGGGGUGAAGAGACGAACUGGACGUUACAGUCCCUGGGAGUGAGCACCAAGUUCCACAGUCUCCCAGGCGUUUACCACGAGCUGAGCAGAGCUGAGCUAGAAAGACUGAAGUUGUGGAUACUUGAAAAGCUUCCAGAAGAAAUGGAAAAGCAAAAUGCAUGAAUCAAGAUUGGUUUAUUGAUCUACCUGUAAUGUCUUUGUGAAAAGUGGGUUUUACUGCCAAAUUAUACUUUGAUAAGUGAUCAUUAAACUAUUAUUAAAUAUCA